GUGCCCUUUUCCCAUGCCCACAUAGCAAAUACUGAGUGCGUAUCUCCUAUCCAUCAGUGAGACCAAUCUGGACUCUUCAGCACACUGUGAAAGGAGAACCGUGGGAAUUGGUGAAAUCUUUCCUGCAGCUGUUGGAGCUGAAUAGGCGUGAAGGACACGUCUAGCUACUGCAUACAGAACAUGGCUAGUGCUCUGGAGAAGGUGGUGGCCCAGAAGAAAGAGGUAAUCGAGAAUGUGAUGGAGAUGUUCGAGAAGGGGGCAGAGGUGUUGGCCAGCGCUGUGGGGGAACUCUUUCCUCUCUGUGAGGUUGCUGCACCCGUCUUACGACUAGCCCUAAACAAUGUCCAGAGCAAAGAGGUCUACUAUGUCAAAGAGCAGUUCUUGACAGUAAAGAAUAAGCUGGACCUUGUGUCUUCCCAACUAGAAGACAUCGACUGUGAGAUUAAGAAGGGGCAAGUAGACAUUCGGUACUUCUCUGUUGAGGAGAACAUAAGGAAUCAGUUCCGGAAGUACAUGAACCUUUUAGAGGCCAGGCCACAGUUUCAAGACAUCAAAAUUAAACUCUUUCAGGAACACUUUGCAAAGACUGGGGGAGACAAAAAUAUUUUUGUCCUGUAUGAUGCUGUAAUGGGGACAAACAACUUUGGGGAUUCCAUCUUGGAGGUUGUAGAAAGGUAUGAAGCAAAGAACCGACGCCUUUUGGAGGAUUAUUGUGUACGGAUGAAAGAGCUCUUCUGCCUCGGUCUUAUUGCCCUGCUGGGCCACUGUGCCCUGAACCAAGAUACCGAUGAGGAACAGGAACAAAUCCAAGUCUGGAGUGCAAAAAUAGAAGAAGUGGAGUCCAAGAUGAAGGCCACCAUUGAGGCCUGCGUAGCAUCUUUUGCGGAUCAAGCCCAUCAAGAUGUUAAACGUCUGGUUCAAGAGAAGGGAGACCAGAAUCUCCAAGAUACAGCCCAGGAACUACUGCAAUUCCUGGCCAAGAAGUAUGACUGGGUGAGAUGGUCCGUCCGAGUGGUGAAGCACUCAGGAAGCAACUACCGAAACUGGCGUGCAGGAGAGCACUUCCAGCAUGUGACUGGUCAGAGCUACUUUGAGGUUCCACAGGUGAAUGACACUGACCUGGUUGUUUCGUACAGCUCCAGAGCUCAGCCCGUGCCCUGUGAUAGCAUUCAGCAGCUGCUUGAAGGCCUAGGGAAGAAGGGCAAUGCUCAGUUUGUGGUAGAAGUCCUGGAGGAGCAGUUGGAUGGCUUUGUGGUGCACGCCGUUAGUCGCCAUAAGGAGAGUGCGGCAGCGUGGAACUUUCCAGAAGACUGCCACUACUGGAAGAGGCACAAAAAUGUGGCACUGUGUGUGCACUCUGGGUAGGCUAAUGGCCAUAAAAAUUUAAAAAAAGUAUUGCACUGUUUAAAACCAAAUACUAUACCACUGUUUUUUUUUUGUGCACAUUUUAAACUGAGUUGUGAGGGAGGAUUGGACAGGUUAGCCUGAUACUGUAAGAUGCAUUAACUUUAUUGUUAUACACCCUUAUGAAUAUAUAUAUAUAUAUAUAUGUACAAUACAAAAGAAAGACAUAAGAUAUUGAAUCAUGAUGCUAUGCUUAGUACUAUGCUAAAUGUAGACAAAUCGUUUAAUAUGAAUAGGUAGCUACAGCUAGAUUAAAAAUGGAUGUGCAGAAACUGUGUAUAGUCUAACCCUAACCCUAACCACUGUGUAUAGUCUACUACUAUAGCCUGCUCCUCAUUGCCAACGAAUAGCAGUUUCUCAGUGCAGUAACCUUGCUACCCAAGGUUCUAAAGAGAUAAUGUUGCUGACGACGCUACUGCUGAGCUGUGCGCCCAUUUUGUCUCCCCAAGACAGGCUGACCUACAUAAUGAUGAAAGAGGCCAUGGACGCUGCUUUUUCAACCAUAAAGUAGAACUUGGAACUUGGCAAACAACAUAGUGCUUUGUAUUCUAACGCAAACCCUUGCCAUUGAACCAAAAACAAGUCAUUUGCAAACUUAUGAACAUAAGAAAAUGUACAGCUUUACUGAAAAGUGAUGUGAAGCCAUCAGAGCAGAUUCGUAGUAAUACAGCUAUACUCAGACAUUGAAUGUAAAAUCAUGAAAUAUUAAAACCACAAUAUUUGACACUUGCAUGUUAUGAAACAAUUAACAACCACCCCUGUGUGUUAUUGGAUGGUUCAACAAAUUGAAUUAUGUGUUCCUCAAGUGUUGAUGUAUGUUGCCAUUAAAACAAGCUUGUGCACAUGUACUCA